GCGCACUCCCGGCGGCCGGGCUGAUCCGCGCGGGGAGGGGAAAGACGCGCUUGCCUCGCCGCCCACGAGGCUGCCCCGGUGCCGCCGCACGGUCCCGGAGGCCCCGCCGCCGCGCGCCGUGAUGUGGAACCCGCUUCACGAAACCGACUCGGCCUCGGUGGCCUGGCCCCGUCCGCGCCGGCUCUGCGCGGGGGCCCUGGUGCUGGGCGCCGGCCUCUUCGUCCUCGGCUUCCUCUUCGGAUGGUUUAUAAAGUCCUCCAGUGAAGCUACUAACAUUCCACAGCAUAAUGUAAAGAAAGCGUUUUUGGAUGAGUUGAAAGCAGAGAACAUCAAGACCUUCUUGUAUAAUUUUACACGGAUACCACAUUUAGCUGGAACAGAACAAAACUUCCAGCUUGCAAAGGAAAUUCAAGCUCAGUGGAAAGAAUUUGGCCUGGAUUCUGUUGAGUUAGCCCAUUAUGAUGUCCUGUUGUCCUAUCCAAAUGAGACUGUUCCCAACUACAUCUCAAUAAUUGAUGAAGAUGGAAAUGAGAUUUUCAACACAUCGUUAUUUGAACCACCUCCUCCAGGAUAUGAAAAUGUCUCAGACGUUGUGCCACCCUUUAGUGCCUUUUCUCCACAAGGAAUGCCAGAGGGUGACCUAGUGUAUGUUAACUAUGCACAAACUGAAGACUUCUUUAAACUAGAGCGGGACAUGAAAAUCAAUUGCUCUGGGAAGAUUCUGAUUGCCAGAUAUGGGAAAAUUUUCAGAGGAAAUAAGGUUAAAAAUGCCCAGCUAGCUGGGGCCAGAGGGAUCAUUUUGUACUCAGAUCCUGCUGAUUACUUUGCUCCCGGGGUGGAGGCCUAUCCGGAUGGUUGGAAUCUUCCUGGAGGUGGUGUUCAGCGUGGAAAUAUCUUAAAUCUUAAUGGUGCAGGGGACCCUCUCACACCUGGCUACCCGGCAAAUGAAUAUGCUUAUAGACGUGAAAUGGCAGAGGCUGUCGGUCUUCCAAACAUUCCUGUUCAUCCAAUUGGAUACUAUGAUGCACAGAAGCUCCUGGAAAGAAUGGGUGGAUUAGCACCCCCAGAUGACAGCUGGAAAGGAGGUCUUAAAGUGCCCUACAAUGUUGGACCUGGAUUUAUUGGAAACUUUUCUGCACAAAAAGUCAAGAUGCAUAUCCAUUCCAACAAUAAAGUGGAAAGAAUUUACAACGUGAUUGGAACUCUCAGAGGAGCAGUGGAGCCAGACAGAUAUGUCAUUCUUGGAGGUCACCGUGACUCCUGGGUGUUUGGUGGCAUUGACCCUCAGAGUGGAGCAGCUGUCGUUCAUGAAAUUGUCCGGAGUUUUGGAAAGCUGAAAAAAGAAGGAUGGAGGCCUCGAAGAACAAUUCUGUUUGCGAGCUGGGAUGCAGAAGAAUUUGGUCUUUUUGGUUCUACUGAGUGGGCAGAGGAAAAUUCCAGACUCCUUCAGGAGCGUGGUGUGGCCUAUAUCAAUGCUGAUUCUUCUAUAGAAGGAAACUACACUCUGAGAGUUGAUUGUACUCCACUUAUGUACAGCCUGGUAUAUAACCUAACAAAGGAGCUCCGAAGUCCUGAUGAAGGUUUUGAAGGCAAGUCUCUUUUUGAGAGCUGGAAUGAAAAAAGUCCUUCCCCUGAAUUCAGUGACUUGCCAAGGAUUAGCAAAUUAGGAUCUGGAAAUGAUUUUGAAGUGUUCUUCCAAAGACUUGGAAUUGCUUCAGGCAGAGCAAGGUAUACUAAAGAUUGGGAAAGAAGCACAUUCAGUAGCUAUCCACUGUAUCAUAGUAUCUAUGAAACGUAUGAAUUAGUGGAAAAAUUUUACGAUCCAGCAUUUAAGUAUCACCUCGCUGUGGCCCAGGUUCGAGGUGGAAUCAUCUUCGAGAUAGCCAAUUCCAUAGUGCUGCCCUUCGACUGUCGAGAUUAUGCUGUUGUUUUAAGAAAGUAUGCUGAUAAAAUCUACAAUAUUUCAAUGAAGCAUCCACAAGAAAUGAAAACAUACAGUGUGUCAUUUGAUUCACUCUUUUCUGCAGUGAAGAAUUUUACAGAGAUUGCUUCCAAUUUCAGUGAGAGACUGCAAGACUUGGAUAAAAACAACCCAAUAUUAUUAAGAAUUAUGAAUGAUCAACUGAUGUUUUUGGAACGAGCAUUUACUGAUCCUUUAGGAUUACCAGACAGGCCUUUCUAUAGGCAUGUCAUCUAUGCUCCAAGCAGCCACAACAAGUACAUGGGGGAGUCAUUCCCUGGGAUCUACGACGCUCUCUUUGAUAUUGAAAACAGAGUGGACCCAUCCAAGGCCUGGGAAGAAGUGAAAAGACAGAUUUCUAUUGCAGCCUUCACAGUGCAGGCUGCAGCAGGGACUCUGAGAGAAGUCGCCUAAGGAAUUUCUUCGUAAAACACAUACUGAGUUGGUAUGAUGUAUCAGAAAGAAUCAUGUUGGAUGUAUUGAUAAACUGAAAGGUAAAGUUGUGUACAUAUAUAUACAUAGGUAUAGAUAGAUACACACAUCUACCUUGGUGUUUCUUUUCUUCUUAUAGAUCAGUAAGAAAGAUGGAUAUUUUUCUUCUAAAAUUAUAGAAAGUUAUUCUGAAGUUGAACUAAAUGAUGAAAGUAAGAAGUGCCUAAAAUUUUAAUACACUUAGGUGGCAUUAUCAGAGAAUCAUGUCUCCUUCAACACUUCCAGAUCUGUUCCUGUCACUGCACAUGAAGAAAGCAUCAGUUUGUUACAGAACACAGGGGAAAAUCCACAGGGCUUCGGCCAGCCCGGGAUCUGGGUCUGCCUGGCCUCCCAGGGCUGAGAGGAUUGCUGUAUUCGAUCAGUAGUUGGGCAGCUCUGGUCUAGUCACCCUGAAGGUAAAUGUUGCCUGCUAAUGCAGGGGACAUAAGAGAUGUAGGUUCAAUCCCUGGGUCAGGAGGAUACCCUGGAGCAGGGUACAGCAAUCCACUCCAGUAUUCUUGCCUGGAGAAUCCCCUGGACAGAGAAGCCUGGCAGGUUACAGUCCAUGGGGUCUCAGAGAAGGACAUGACCGAAGCGACUCACACACAACUAUGUGGUAUGUUUUCUGGGGGACAAGGCUGACUAUCUUGUUUGGUUCACCCACCAUACCUGAAAGGCAAAGAUAAGUGUUUCAUAUAAACUGGAUAACUGAGUUGAAUCAAUAGGGAACACAGGUAGUGAAAUGCAAUACUUCAUAUAUCUUUAACAUGUUUAAUUUAUAGAUGUACUUUUAAAUAAAUUUUAGCUAGUUGAAAGUGAAAGUGAAGUUGCUCAGUGGUGCCCAACUCUUUGUGACCCCAUGGACUGUAGCCUACCAGGCUCCUCCGUCCAUGGGAUUUUCCAGGCAAGAGAACUGGAGUGGGGUGCCAUUCCCUUCUCUAGCUAGUUUAAACAAAUAUUUAAACUUGCUGAUUGACAGCGCUGAAAAGUGAAACUGUUAGUUGCUCAGUCCGCUAAACUCUGCUAGUCCAUGGGCUAGCCAGGUGCCUCCAUCCAUGGGAUUUUUCCAGGCAAGAAUACUGGAGUGGGUUGCCAUUUCCUUCUCCAGGGAAUCUUCCUGACCCAGGGAUUGAAUCUGGGUCUCCUGCAUUGCAGACUGAUUGUUUACAGUCUGAACCAUCAGGAAGCCACCAGGAACUGCUCUGAGUGAUAUGUAAAUCAAAACUGGAGCCGAUUAUGCAGAGUGAAGGAAGCCAGAAAGAAAAACACCAAUAGAGUAUACUAACCCAUACAUAUGGAAUUUAGAAAGAUGCUAAUGAUGACCCUGUAUGCGAGCCAGCAAAAGA